AUGUCCAAACUGUUUGGUUGUAAUCCUGAGGGAUUUAACAGUGGAGGAGUGAUCGAUGGUCCAGGAGUUGAUUCCCUGGGUGCGACGGGCAGGUGGGGAGCCGUGCUGGCCGACUCCGAUUCAUUUUCCAAGAAACGAAUGAACUGUUCAGCAAGCGAAGCGCCACUACUUUGCCGCUUUUUGCUUGAACUCUUCCCGCUGACUGCGUUGCGAACCUAA